UCUACCGUUUCUCAGAACGUAAGAAUCCGGGCUUACAAAAAAAAAAGUUUCAGCUUGGACCUUCUCCACUCGCAAAAAAAAACUCCACACUUUUUCUUUUCUCGGAUCGCUUUUAGCAUGUCAACACAAAACGGCAAUCAGAGUACUCCUUCUGGCGCAGAAGCAGCUGUGCUGCUGAAGUCGGUUGAAAUGCCUGACGAUGCUGUGCUGAUCCAAGGUCCUGACUUUAACAAGAAACUCUCGCUGUCCGAUAUUAUGGGUACCUACCCUACAAUGGGGUUUCAAGCAAGCGGUCUCGGUGAAGCGAUCGACAUUAUCAAGCAAAUGCGCAAGUGGCGUCUGUCGGACGAGCCCAUUGCUGAAGACGAGCCAGACGAGUAUCGGGACAUGGAUGUCCGCAGAAACACAAAAUGCAAGAUUUUUGUGGGCUACACAUCCAACCUGGUCUCCUCGGGUGUGCGUGAGAUCCUGCGCUUCCUGGCUCAGCACAAAAUGAUCGAUGUGAUUGUCGCCACUGCUGGUGGUGUGGAAGAAGAUUUCAUAAAAUGCCUUGCCCCUACCUAUCUGGGCGACUUUAACCUCAAGGGUGCCGAUUUGCGCAAGCAGGGCCUGAACCGAAUUGGCAACAUGCUGGUGCCUAACAACAACUAUUGCAAGUUUGAGGAAUGGGUUAUUCCGAUUCUUGACAAGAUGCUCGAGGAACAGAAGAAGGAUGGCAAGAUCUGGACACCUUCUGCCAUGAUCCGUCGUUUGGGCGAAGAGAUCAACGAUGAGUCCAGUAUCUAUUACUGGUGCGCAAAGAACGAUAUUCCCGUCUACUGUCCCGCCAUUACCGAUGGUUCGCUGGGAGACAUGAUCUACUUCCACUCAUACCGCAACCCUGGCCUGAUUGUCGACAUUGCCGGGGAUAUCCGCGGCAUGAACACCGAAGCCGUGUUUGCCAAAAAGUCGGGCAUGAUUAUCCUCGGCGGCGGUCUCGUGAAGCACCAUAUCUGCAAUGCCAACAUGAUGCGCAACGGUGCCGACUUUGCGGUGUACCUCAACACGGCGCAGGAGUUUGACGGAAGCGAUGCAGGUGCUCGGCCCGACGAGGCAGUGUCCUGGGGUAAAAUACGAGGUGAUGGCCGAUCUGUAAAGGUCUAUGCCGAGGCCACCUUGGUGUUCCCGCUCAUUGUGGCAGAAACAUUUGCCAAAGAGUACCACGAGGAACAGGAAAAGACUGCGACUGGUAGUACAGCUUAAGGAUUAAUUUCAAUGUUCUUGCUUUUAAAACAUGCAUGCACCUCUCUCAACACACACACACACACACACACAUCUGUACAUGUCAUCCACACGCAUCCACUAAUCUUUUAAUGUUUAAAAGAGCUUUUGUAAGAG